AUGAGCGCUGCUUCCACAGCGACGAACAAUGCCUCCACAGACCUAUCCGUUCAGCCUUCCGGCAUUCGAGUCGUUAUAGUAGGGGCAGGGUUCGCCGGCAUCACCGCAGCCAUCGAAUGCACACGGAAGGGCCACUCGUGCAUAGUGCUGGACUCUGUGAAAGAGAUGAAGCAGCUAGGAGACAUAAUCUCAUUCGGCUCCAACGCAGGUCGCAUAUUCAGAAAAUGGCCUGGCGUCUAUGAGAAGCUGUACCCUAUCUGUCAUCAUUCUGAGCAAUUGACAUUUCGCAAGUGGGAUACAGGAGAGCGCAUCUGCACGCAGAGGUGGAGCGAAGAGCCAGAUGGUGGCAAGAACCACGCAGAAGGUGUUCACGGACAUCGUGGGGAGAUUCACAAGAUCAUCUAUGAUCAUGCCUUGAGCCAGGGCGUAGAGAUACGUCUUGGUCAGCAGGUCACAGAGUACUUUGAAGACGAACAUAGCGCGGGCGUGAUAGCUAAUGGUGAACGCAUCGUAGGCGAUGUUGUGCUUGGUGCCGAUGGCGUGAGGUCAAAGGCACGAACGCUGGUGCUGGGCUACGAUGACAAGCCCAAGCCUAGUGGAUAUGCGAUUUAUCGGGCAUGGAUGAGCUCUGAAGAUCUGGCCAAGAACGAACUAACCAAAGAUCUUGUCACAGGUGACUCGCAUACAGGCUGGCUAGGUCCUGACAUCCACUUCCUCGCAGCUGCAAUCAAGAAUGGCAAGGAGUUCAGCUGGGUAUUCACCCACAAGGACGAGCGUGAUGUUGAUGAAGGCUGGUCAGAACCUGGAGACCACGAUGAUGUAUGCCGUAUCUUGGAAGGAUGGGAUCCUACUUUGCAUGCCAUUGUUCGUAUGACGCCGCCGGAAAGACUGGUCGAUUGGAAGUUGGUGUACAGAGACCCUCUGCCAACCUGGGUGUCGCCGAAAGCCCGCAUCGCAUUGAUUGGAGAUGCUGCUCAUCCCUUUCUGCCAACGUCCAUUCAAGGUGCAAGCCAAGCUAUGGAAGAUGGCGCGUGCUUGGCCGUCUGCCUGCAGCUGAGCGGCCAAGACAAAGUGACGGACGCCCUCAGAGCAUAUGAGAAAAUCCGAUAUGAGCGAGUGAGGAAAGCGCAGAAAACAGGGGAGACUACGCGAGACAAGUGGCAUAAAGCUGAUUUCGACAAUAUCAUGAAGAAUCCUGAAGCUAUUAAGCUCAAGCGCGAUCCUGAGAUUCUGGAACACGACGCUGAAGCUCACGCAUAUGCUUCAUAUCCACAAGUUGUGGCCUCACUUCGCGCGCGCAUGUGA